AUCGACUCUCAGAAAGCUACUAAAGGCCUCAGCACAACCCCCAGAGUCGUCAGGUUACUUUGACCUUGCAUGUACUCGAACCAGCUCGGCAGCACUCAUAAUCCUCACCGGGGUUCCAAGCACACGUCCGCCGGCUUCCUUAUAGCUCAUUAAGAUCUCGUACAACAUGGCUCCCAACACCGCAUCUAACUCUUCUGGAUACACUACCCCUACCGACGCGGACGGCUUCCUGCCUGUGCACCCUACGGCAGCGCGUCGUCCGUACCCCAUAGUCGUCCAGUCCGAGCACACGUCGUACUCGGACGACUAUAUCACAUCCAAGUUCCUCAAUCGUGGCGCGGACGUGACCGUUACCGAUGGUCAGUUCGUGGUCAAGCCGACAGCCAAACCGUACGAGCUCCAAACGGCUAGGAAGGUCGCUAAGACAGGUCUGAUGAUGGUCGGCAUGGGCGGGAACAACGGCACUACGCUCUGCGCUACCGUCCUCGCCAACCGACACAACAUCACCUGGCACACGAAGGGUGGUCUCCAGCAGCCGAACUACAUCGGAUCCAUGCUGCGCGCGUCAACUGUGCAGCUCGGUACUGAUCCUGCAACGGGCAAGGAGAUCCACGUCCCGGUGUGCGACGUUUUGCCCAUGGUUCAUCCCAACGACCUCGUCCUCGGUGGUUGGGAUAUCUCCGGGCUCCCGAUGGACAAGGCCAUGUCCCGCGCUCAGGUCCUCGACUGGGAUCUUCAGCGCCAGGUCGCUCCUUUCAUGGCCGAGCUGAGCGCACCGCUCCCGUCUAUCUAUUACCCCGACUUCAUUGCCGCCAACCAGGAGGCUCGCGCAGACAACGUUAUCCCCGGUUCCGACAAGCACGCCCACCUCGAGCAUAUUCGCGCCGACAUUCGCAAAUUCAAGGCAGACAACCAGCUCGACCGUGUUGUGGUGUUCUGGACCGCUAACACGGAGCGCUACAGUGACCUCAUCCCUGGCGUGAACGAUACAGCGGACAACCUGCUCGCGGCCAUCAAAAGCUCGCACUCCGAGGUGUCGCCCUCUACGCUCUUCGCCGUUGCCUCAAUCUUAGAGGGUGAGCCCUUUGUAAACGGCGCGCCGCAGAACACCUUUGUCCCCGGCGUCAUCGAGCUCGCCGAGCGUGAGCGCGGCUUCAUCGGCGGCGACGACCUCAAGUCCGGCCAGACGAAACUCAAGUCCGUUUUCGCCGAAUUCCUCGUCAACGCUGGCAUCAAGCCGCUUUCCAUCGCCUCAUACAACCACCUCGGCAACAACGACGGCCACAACCUCUCCGCGGAGCCGCAGUUCAAGAGCAAGGAGAUCAGCAAGAGCAGCGUCGUGGACGACAUGGUCAACGCCAACCACCUUCUGUACAAUCGCCCCACCGAAGCCGACGCCAAGGCGGGUAAGAAGGGCGAGCACCCCGACCACAUUGUUGUCAUCAAGUACGUUCCUGCCGUCGGCGACUCCAAGCGCGCGAUCGACGAGUACUAUUCGGAGAUCUUUUGCGGUGGUCGCUCGACCAUCAACAUCUUCAACGAGUGCGAGGAUUCUCUCCUGGCUACUCCGCUCAUCCUCGACCUUUCGAUCCUGACGGAGCUGCUCACGCGCGUGAAGUACCGCGACCUUUCCGCGUCACCCGACGCCGAAUUCAAGCCGCUCUACUCUGUCCUGUCGUUACUGUCCUACAUGCUGAAGGCGCCCCUUGUGAAGCCUGGUACCGACGUCGUCAACAGCCUUAAUCGCCAGCGCAACGCAUUGGAAGCGUUCCUGAAGGCUUGCAUCGGUGUUGAGGGAAGUAGCGACCUCCUGAUGGAGACCAGGAUCUGGUAGAUGACCUGCUGUCACGGGUUCAACAGUCCCGGUCCCUUUUCGCUUGCGUAGUCCGUAGCACGCCUGUCGUUCAACCGGCCAAAGAGUGGUGUAUUUCCCAGCUUCCUCAUCUGAAAAAGUGUUGUGCACAUUCAAA